AACGAUAAACUGAUAACAAGAUAAGACUGUAACUAUUACAAAAGUCUCAGGGAGAGAGAAGUAAGUUGGUUAAUCCGUUAAUGGUUAUGGCUCGGGCUUUGUUGCAUUUGAAGAGCACAAUUGGGUUUGCAUUGGCCUGUGCUAGUCAAGAAAGCCAAAGCCAAUACAGGGUUCAACUCCCAGACAAGUCUAGGAAUGCACGUGUUUUGGUGCUGGGAGGAACGGGUCGGGUCGGAGGAUCCACUGCCACUGCUCUUUCCAACCUCUGCCCUGACCUCCAAAUCAUCAUUGCUGGUCGUAACAGGGAGAAGGGUGCUUCUAUGGUGGCUACACUUGGGGGGAGGUCUGAGUUUGCUGAAGUCAACAUUGACAAUGUGAAAAGCCUGGAAGCAGCUUUAAGGGAUGUGGAUCUUGUAGUUCAUACUGCUGGUCCUUUCCAACAGGCAGAGAAAUGCACUGUUCUGGAAGCUGCCAUACAUACCAAGACAGCUUAUAUCGAUGUUUGUGAUGACACAACCUAUGCAUGGCGUGCUAAAUCCUUCAAGACUAGAGCAGUAGCUGCAAAUAUUCCAGCUAUUACAACAGCCGGAAUUUACCCAGGAGUGAGCAAUGUGAUGGCAGCAGAGCUAGUUCGCGCUUCAAGAAGUGAAAGCAAGGGUGAGCCAGAGAGGCUACGAUUCUACUAUUACACAGCAGGCAGUGGUGGUGCAGGUCCAACUAUAUUAGCUACUAGCUUUUUACUUCUUGGAGAGGAAGUGGUUGCAUAUAAUAAAGGAGAAACGAUCAAACUGAAGCCUUAUAGUGGAAUGCUCAACAUUGACUUUGGAAAAGGAAUUGGAAAGAGAGAUGUUUACCUUUUGAAUUUGCCUGAAGUAAGAAGUGCUCGUGAGGUUCUAGGAGUACCAACUGUUAGUGCUCGAUUUGGAACUGCACCGUUCUUCUGGAAUUGGGCAAUGGAAGCAAUGACAAGUCUUCUUCCAGCGGAGUUUUUGAGAGACAGAAGCAAAGUCCAAGAAUUAGUUCAACUAUUUGACCCUGUAGUCCGAUCGGUUGAUAAGGUCGCUGGAGAGCGUGUUUCAAUGAGGGUUGAUUUGGAAUGUUCUGAUGGGCGCAAUACAGUUGGUAUAUUCAGUCAUAGGAGACUCUCUGUAUCUGUGGGAGCUUCUACAGCUGCAUUUGCUAUAGCUGUUCUUGAGGGAAGUACACAGCCUGGAGUUUGGUUUCCUGAAGAGCCAGAGGGAAUUGCAAUUGAGGCAAGGGAAAUUCUUCUCAAACGUGCUGCACAAGGAACAAUCAAUUUUGUAAUGAACAAGCCAUCAUGGAUGGUUGAGACAGACCCUAAAGAGCUUGGAUUGGGAAUAUAUGUAUGAGAGUGCAGAAAUUGAGGUCAAAUUAUAGUUCAAGUUCUUUUUCAGCUUCACUGGCUAAUACUGCAGGAGCUAGAAGUUAAAAGAUUUUUAUUGAGAGCAUUGCCGAUUUUGUAGGUUGUGAAUCAUUAAACCAAUGAUGUAAUUCUUGUAAUUGAGAAUUAAUUGUAGCAUAAAAAGUAUUUAAUUGUUUAAUCUAAAUUUUAAA